GGAGAAGGAGGAGGUGGAGGAGCUGCCUUUUUGGUCCAAGAUCCCUUCAUUUCCCUCACCGGCGGCGGCGGCGGCGGAAUAGAAGGCCGGCCGCUUUGUUGGCUCAGGCAGCGAUCGUUCCGGCGAUGUCAAAUCUCGGCCGAGGAGAAUAAUGCGAAGCCGGUUUGGGGUUCCACCGGAGAGCUAGCACGGUCUGUAUUGGCCGUCUUUCUCCGAUCUGACUCUUUUCUUCUGCGAUCUCUGGCGGUUUCUGACCGAUCUCCUCCUUUUCCGAGACACCAUGUCGUUCAAGAACAUUGUACGAGAACUAAAGGAGAUGAAGGACGGGAUUGGGAGCAGAUCGAGGAGAGGAUUGGAAGGGAGGCAUUGGCGAAGCAGGACGCGGUCAUAUAUAGCGCCUGAUGUGCCGCCUUCUUCUGAUGAUCCGGUCGAGCAGGGCCAGUGGGCAAACUUACCACCCGAAUUGCUUUUGGAUAUAAUUCGGAGGGUUGAAGAGAGCGAGAGUUCAUGGCCUGCCCGUACUGUGCUCGUCUCUUGUGCUUCUGUUUGUAAGUCAUGGAGAGGAAUCACUAAGGAUAUUGUCAAGACUCCAGAGGAGUGUGGAAAGCUCACCUUUCCCAUUUCGCUCAAGCAGCCCGGGCCUCGCGAAUCCCCUAUUCAAUGCUUUAUCAAAAGAGACAGAGCUUCUUCAAUUUAUCGCCUCUACUUCGGCCUGACUCCAUCUGAGGAUGCAAGUGAUAAGUUACUCCUGGCAGCCAAAAAGGUCAGAAGAACAAUGACUACGGACUUUAUCAUAUCUUUGGUUGGCGACGAAUUUUCACGAGCCAGCAAUACAUAUGUUGGGAAACUGAGGUCUAACUUUCUUGGCACCAAGUUUACGGUUUACGACACCGAACCCACGAUUGAUUCUGCAGUUCAGCUCAAUCAGCUUAGCCGAAGAUUCCACGCCAAACGAGUAUCUCCAAGAAUAUCUGCUUGUAAUUACAGCAUUGCCACUGUAUCCUACGAGCUAAAUGUCCUGCGCACCAGAGGGCCAAGGCGGAUGCAUUGCGUCAUGCACACUAUUCCUGUUUCCUCCAUCCUGGAAGGUGGCACUGCUCCCACACCACCAUCCCCAUUGGACCCACCAUCCCUCACCACUAAAGUUAACAAGGAGCAGGAAAACCCGGACUCGUCUAGCUCCAUCGGACACUCAGAUUCGCCAGCAGUGACCGAACCGCCUCCUUGGGACCCACUCAUUCUUAAAAACAAGUCGCCAAGGUGGCACGAACAGCUGCAGUGCUGGUGCCUGAAUUUCAAAGGCCGCGUCACGGUGGCUUCGGUGAAGAACUUCCAGCUGGUGGCGGCUGUGGACCCAUCCCACAACGUGUCGGCAGCAGAACAAGAGAAGGUGAUCCUGCAAUUUGGGAAGAUUGGGAAAGAUAUAUUCACCAUGGAUUACAGGUACCCACUCUCUGCUUUCCAGGCCUUUGCAAUCUGCUUGAGCAGCUUUGACACUAAGCCCGCUUGUGAAUGAAUGAUGUAUUUUAGGUGUAUUUGUAAAUGUUCAUGGACUACAUGUCUACAUCUUGUGUGUUCUUUUUUCGUGUUGUUGGUUUCACAACGUUGCUGACUCAUGCUUACCAUAUAUAUUUGGAAAAUGCUAGCGUCACAAACAUAUAGUUCACAAAUUUCACAAACUUGCUUUUUGUGGAUUUUAAAUUAAAAUAUCUUUUAUUAUUUGAGUCAGUUUUGUAGAGCACCUACCCAUACAUAGUGGCGCACAGACACUGCACAGAUACUCUUACUCCUUCACUCUCCAAGGUAUCGUGGUUUUGAAUUCGAAGCAAUUGUCAUUAUCUUU